AUGCUCGCUAGUGCUCUGCUGCCUUCUGUCUAUCUACUUGCGUCAGCUUUGCUAUCCUUGGGCAAGCGUGCAUUUGGUGUUACCUCGGAUCCGACUACUGCUAAUAAUCAAACCUUUGAUUAUAUCAUUGUUGGAGGCGGUCUCGCGGGACUCACCGUCGCUAGCCGUCUUACUGAAGACCCUUCAAAAACCAUUCUUGUCAUUGAAGCAGGAAAUGACGACCGGAAUGAUCCACGGGUGUUUGAUGUAUUGGAAUACGGUGUAGCAUUUGGGACGUCCUUAGACUGGGCUUGGCCUACGGACCAGGGCAAAAUCAUACAUUCAGGUAGAACGCUUGGUGGAUCAAGCUCCAUUAAUGGUGCUGCAAUUACACGUGGCAUCAAAGGGCAAUACGAUGCGUUUUCGAAAGUCCUCAGCAAUGAGGAAGCAAGCUUAGAAUGGAACUGGGAUUCUCUGUUCUCAUACAUGAAGAAGUCAGAAGGUUUCAAUCCACCGGACAAGCAGCAGCGCGCGGACGGCGCGGAUUAUAAUCCUGCUUACCACGGUUUCAUCGGGCCCGUUCAAGUCGCUUACGCACAAGGGAUGUACAGCGGGCCGGCACAGCCUGCAUUCGAUGAAGCUAUUCGCAAUCUAAGUGGGAUUGCACGAUGUCAAGACGGGCUUGGUGGAAAUGACAAUUGUGUAAGCCACGUUGCGAAUUCGAUAAACCCGAAGGAUAACGGUCGUCGUUCGUCGUCCGCACAAGCGUACCUUACUCCCGUCGAAAAUGAGAGAACGAAUUGGCUUACGCUGAUUAACAAUCGCGUGACCAAGGUGCUUCUUUCCGGAUCCGCUCCUAACGUAAGGGCAACAGGUGUCCAGUUCAAGAACUCAAACAACACGGGCGAUACUUUCACCGUCCAUGCUCGUAAGGAAGUGAUUCUAUCCGCAGGUGCGAUUGCCUCCCCUCAAUUACUUCAGCUGUCCGGGAUUGGCGACCCAUCUGUCCUCGAUCCACUUGGAAUUGAUGUGAGGGUCAACCUGCCAACUGUUGGGCGAAACUUCCAGACUCAAACGAGAAACGACGUUGCGAGUAAUACACAGCCUUCUUUUGACGCAGGCGGCACGGGACCCGACCACGCGAUUGCAUUCUUGAAUCUUUAUGAACUCUUCUCUGAGGGUGCAGGCUCGAAUGGAAGUGUGACGGGUAGCGACAUCGCCAGACAUAUCCUGACUGAAUACCCGUCUUGGGCACAGAGUCAGGCAGUCAAUGGAUUGAAUGCUGACGCGCUUACUACGAUUUUUGGCAUCCAAGCGGACUUGAUUGUAAAUCAUAAUGCUCCUGUUUCUGAAUUUUACUUCCAAAUUGGUAGUUCCGGGAGCGGUGUCAACAAUACCCUAUUUGAUCUACUCCAAUUCAGCCGCGGCAAUAUCACUAUCACAGAUACAAGCGUCUUCACAGACCCAAAGGUGACUGUGAACUGGUUCGAUGUCGAUUAUGACCUCGACGUUCAGACGGCCGGAGGCCGACUAGGCCGGAAGGUGCUUAAUCACAAGGCCCUCGCGUCCAUUGUGACUGAUGAGUACUCUCCUGGACUUGAUGUUGUUCCUGACGACGGAAAUGCUGGUACAGAUGAUGCAUGGCAAUCGUGGGUUCAUGACACAUUUCUGGCAGUGUAUCAUGAGGUUGGCUCUACAUCGAUGAUGCGGCGUGAUCUGGGUGGAGUCGUGGAUGGGAAGCUUCGUGUCUAUGAUACGGUAAAUCUACGCGUCGUGGAUGCGGGCGUAAUUCCCUUCCAAGUCAGUGCGCAUACAAGUGAGACGCUAUAUGGCGUUGCGGAGAAAGCAGCAGACAUCAUCAGAUCUGGCGUGUGAAAUGGGUCCUGAAGAUCUUAUGAUCUAUAGCUUCGUGAUCUUUACUUUUCUGUGCAUGUAGGACAUCGUGAAUAGUCAAAAAUGGUAGUCAAAUCAAAUGAAAGGUCGAAGGCCAUACCUGCUCGUUUAACAGUUUUAGGUCAUGUGACGCUGGCAAAUAAAAAUUCACUUGGCUUGGCAGGC